UUAAUACAAACUCAAUUAUAUAUGUCUAAAUCAAACCUUGAAACCAAAUAAAAUCUAUUAGAAAUCUAUAAACCAAGUAGAAAACCAAUUAAAAAUCAAACAAAACCAUGAUUUGGGCCAAACCAAACUCAAAUAACCUAAACCACCCAUUCUCUAGAAAACCCUAGAAUACUUAAAAUUACUGUUUUGUCCAAAAUUACUUUGCUCUUCUUCCCAUUACCGUCGACGGCCCCUCCCCGUUCUCUCCUUCGUUUUCUGUUCACCGGAGCUCAAGCUCCGUCGAUCAGACACCUUCACGCCGCCACCGCUGCUCCGGUCUCUCUCUCUCUCUCUCUCUCUCUCUCUCACUCUGUUUGCAUUUUCGGUGAGCGCAAAUCACAGACAAAGCUGCGACUUCAUCUCGAUCGAAACAAUCCCGUCUCCGGCGUUCCUUUUGUUCCCCGACGACUCUAGCUUCCUUCUUGUGGCAGAGUCACUCGUUUCCUCUCUCUCUCUUCCUGUUCCGGCUGGCACAAUAGUCGGGUGAAGCUGCAUGUGGUUUCUGAUCGGGUCAGUUGCGACCCAGCUCUCCUUUCUCGCUUAUUCGGCAAGGCCAGCCACCAGCCGACGAAACCGGUUCUCUCGUCGCCAACUCCUCAUUGCAUUGUUGCUCCCUCCUCCUCCGGCCAAGUUAAUGCCCAAAAAAAUUGAAUUCCAAGCAUAGGAGCCGCUACCGGACAUUUUAACUGGAAAUUUUCGAUUUUUGGCUUGUUUUGCAGCUAGGUAAGGAAGUAGAUUCUCUUCUAUCCUGGCUAAAACUCUGUAUGUUUCACUGCAGGGCUAGAAAAAGUAACUUCAAAUUUUUGUGCUAUUUAAAUUGCAUACUUUUAUGUAUAAGAACUUAAUUAUAUCAUCUUGUUAUUGAACUCCGCAGUUGUAAGAUUAUGGUAGUUCUAAUUAUAUAUAACUAUGAGUAUGUUAACCAAUAACUUAUGUGAGUGGUUUAGAUAUCUGUAUAUAUGCAUAUUAUAGAUAUUAUGUAUAAUUGUGCUCGAGUUAAGAAUUAUUUAAGAUGUUGAAAGCGGACCGGGAUAUAAUAUGAUUAUUCAUAUAUAAAGUAAUAUGGGCUUACGGUUUUUUUAAAUCCAUUUUGAAGUGAUUAAGUUUAGUGGUUCAGACUUACUAUGGGCCCUUACCUGGGCCCUAAUGCCGGUCCGGCCUAGGGAUUUGGGUCGUGACAGAUCUUUAAUACUAUACUUGGUGAUUCUGUGUGUCUCAUAAAGUAGGAAAAUACUUCUUCAAGUAAUGCCCAUUAAAUCGAGCUCAAUAAGCAAUCUGAACUCUAAUUUUUUUUCCCAAACCUAAGGUCUUACAAUAGUCCUAGUGCAGGAAGUCAACAAUCUUUUGCUUCAACUCUUUCUUUAAUACGCUAUUAAUGGAAGUAACUCUUUAGAUUUUUAUGAGUACCAAUGUUCACUUCUGGUUACUCUCCAGCUCUAGAAACUUCUUGUAUCUCACCAUAAUCGUACUGUCAUAGAGCAGUUGCAUAUAAACUUUUAGAUAGCAGUUGCAAUAGCUACUGCUAACUCCUCAUCAGUAUUUUUACAAUGCUUAAUCAUGAAGCUCCUCAAUGAGAAUCUCCUCUAUCGGCCUUUGGUAUGACACGAUGGCUAAGGGUCCUGGAUAGCUAAUUAAAUUGUUACUGUCUCCAGCUGCAUUGUUAUCCUCUAGGUCAAAAUCAUCAACUUCCUUAACAACAUCUCCUGGUUCGCUGCCCUCCUCUCAUGAUGAACCAAAUUCUUCAAGUAAAUUAACCUGGGAAUAAUCUCCUUCUUCUGGUGCCCAAGUGUCUUCAAAUAUCUUUGGAAGUUAGGUAUUGGUUUUAUAUAACUUGCACCUAGAGGAAAGAAACUUGGAUAAGGACUAGCUUUCCACGUACUCUUCUUAGGUACAUAUUUCUACUUUCCUUUCUCUCCUGUCUUAAAUUUGGCUUGGACCUUUAAGUUCUUUAAUUGAUUAAUAUAUCUAAAAGGGUCACAUUAACAUCAUUAACAGAAGUUAUAGAAGGGAAAGGAUCCUUAUCUAUAAGCAUUGACUCCUUCCUUUCAGGGAACUUAAGGACACCCCUAUUAAGGUGGUCUUGAGUAACACUCCUAUAAAACAAGCAAUUAUAGUAGCAUGGUUCAAGUAUCAUGGUCUUAUAGUAAUCUUUUCCUUUCAGCUCUUCUUUGGUGGGGAUCUUAUGGUUAGUAGGAAGAGUACCAAAAUUUUCCUUGCGCAUGAAAUCUAAAACCUCCCCAAUCUUGGAGACAUCAAAAGCAUAUUAGUGUUCAAUUUUAGAGUUCACCUAAUAUUCUUCUUAAAGCCUCCUCUGUUGGUACUUAAAGACCGAGACAAGUACAAGAACCAAAAUUAACCAAAUCAGUAAUGAACACCUCUUGACGAGUCUCUUGGAAAUAAGUACCCAUAGUUGAUUUCUUCAUUUGUAACUCUUUCCUUAGCAGUUUCUCAUAUUUAGUUCUACAAGCUUAUAGAAAUCCCUAAACUCCAUCCCCCUGGACUUCUUUCUCAAUGACAAGUCCGAGUCGUGUUGCGCCAUCUUCACAAAAUUCUACCUUUGGUAAGAAUACUUUGCAUAUGUCCUUAACUUCUUGAACCUGGCAAUGAUUGUAUAUGUUGAUUCACCACUUCUCUGUAUCAGCUUGAACAGCUUAGCCACACACGUUUCGGGUUCAGCCUUAAAGAACUGUUUAUGGAAUAGUCUCUCCAUUUCAUACCAAGUAAAAAUAAAAUUCCCAGGAAGUGUGGAGUACCAAGUAAAGGUAGUACUUGUAUGAGAAUUAGGGAACAACCUGAGCUUGUAAUUAGGAAAGUUGUAUAGGUUUGCCAAUUCUCCAUAUUGUAUGGUAAACGAUGCAAUAUGCUCCAAGGUAGACUGUCCUUCCUUACCAGAGAAUAAAGCGAAGUUAGGAAUUUUAUAUCCUCUAGGGAUAGGAUUUUCCAUGUUAAUCGCUUCAAGAUACGAUUUAUAGAAUUCUGGGAGGCCACUUUUUCUAAGGCCAAGUCUAUAAAGCUCUUGCACAAUAUUCCUUAAUGCUUCCACAGUAACCUUAGGAGUAAGAGGAACAAGCUUGCUUGCAUCUAGAGCAGUUAAGAGUACUUAUUGCUGAGAUAAAAAGAACUGAAGACAGAACAGUUCCAUUGGUAUUGAUAGAGUUACUAUAUUUGUAAAUAUUCUGUUGCUAUAAUUGUGCACUAGGUUUUGUACCCUAGGUGUACUUAUAUAAAUAAUAGGGGAUUGUAAUCUGAAGGUUACGAAAAGUACAAACACUUUUAUGGUAUCAAAGCCAACCUCUCUUCCUCUAUUUCGGAACACUUCCAUAGCUGAGAAAAUCCAUCCCGCCACCACCAUCACUAAUAUGAAAAGACACAUCCCUCUUACUUUGGAUUAUGAAUCUGCUCAAUACAACAAUUGGGCAACUCUUGUCAUCAUUCAUGCCAAGGCAACCCUAACCUAUGACCACAUUAAUCCGAAAUCUGAUCAUGUCACUUCUUCUCCUCCCAAAUCUUCUGCUGAACAAGCUCAUUGGGAUCGUAUUGAUAACAUUGUUCGUCAAUGGAUCUACGGAACCAUAUCUAGUGAUCUCUUGAAUAUUAUAAUCAAUCCAGACGACAUAGCUUUGGAUGCUUGGAAUCAAUUGGCGGAAUUAUUCCAAGAUAAUAAAACUUCUAGAGCCAUUCAUCUUGAAACAAAAUUUGCCAAUACUAAUCUGUGUGAUUUUCCGGACGCGAAGGCGUAUACACGCCGUCUCAAAGUUUUAGUCGAUCAACUGGCAAACGUUGGUGCUAAAGUCUCUGAUCACCGUAUGGUAUUACGCCUACUUACUAGACUCACAGAUGCGUAUGAGGGAUUUGUUACCGUAGUUCAGAACAAAUCUUCACUCUCUUCUUUUGCUCAAGUCAGAUCUAUGCUUCUUCUUGAAGAAACUACUAAGGCAGAGCGAGCUAAACUUGAUGCUCAUGCCUCCUCUGCCAUGGUUGUCAAAGCCUCAACCGUCUCUAUGUCUAGUCUAUCUCAAGAGCCUGAUCAGUCCACCAAAACUUCCACUGGCGGUCGACGACAAAUUUAUCAGCAACGUGGUGGACGUGGGAACAAUUCAGGUGGUCAUAGGCGGUCAGGAAAUAGUUGCAGGAAUUCUGGAAAUUCUGGAGGCCGUGGCUUUCAACAGCUGCCUUGGGGCGGAUGGUACCCAUACUCACACCAGCUGCCUCCAUGGCGACCUCCACCAUGUCCUUAUCCAACUUGGGGUGCUUGGCCACCACCUUCAAUGCCAAGACAGCAGGGAAUUUUGGGUCCACGUCCAUCUCAAUCCUUCUAUACGACUGCCUCUUCUACCAAUGAUUAUGCUCCAACGGAUAUUGAUCAGGCUAUGCACACUCUUUCAUUGAAACAACUCGAAGAACACUGGUUUAUGGAUAGUGCAGCUACCUCUCACAUGACUGCUAAUCCAGGACUAUCCGUCGGGGAGCCAUCUGCUGAGAUAUGAUAGCACGGGUGACUUGUAUCCCAUCACCAAUCCAAAAUGCCUUCCUUUGUCUUCUGCUCAGUCUGCGUUUUCUGUUCUUUCAUUAGCUCAGUGGCACAAUCGUUUGGGUCAUCCAGGACAAGAUGUGCUUAUGUCGCUUAGGCAAAAUAAUUUGAUUUCAUGUAAUAAAGACAAAAUUACA